GCUAUAUCUUUUAUGUAAAUAUGGACUGAUUAUGAUGGUGAUUUUCUGGAAACAGAUGCUGGCCUGGCAAAAAAAGUAUUUACUCUGGGAGGCUGUCCCUGGUGUAACUGAAACACCCACCACUCUUUGUGUAUCCACUAUAUAUAUAGGCUGUCAAAGCUGCAGGCACCCAUUCUGUUUUGUGCAGGCUAAGUUGUCAAGCAAUACACAGCCACCAUGUCAUUCCGUUCCAGCUCUUCUUACUCUCUACAGAGCAAAGGCAUCUCUGGAGGUGGUGGCUAUGGAGCAGGCUUUGGUGGUGGCUCUGGAGCAGGCUUUGGUGGUGGCUCUGGAGCAGGCUUUGGUGGUGGCUAUGGAGCAGGCUUUGGUGGUGGUGCAUCUUCUGGGUUUUCCCUUAGUUCUGCAGGUGGUUUUGGAGCAGCUGCUGCCAGUUCCAGCUUCAGCAACUUUGGUGGUAAUGAUAAGCAAACCAUGCAGAACCUCAAUGACCGUCUUGCUUCCUACCUGGAGAAAGUAAGAGCCCUGGAAGCAGCCAAUGCUGACCUGGAACUGAAGAUCCGUGAGUGGUAUGAGAAGCAAAAAGGGUCUGGUAUUGGAGCUGGGUCUAAGGAUUUCAGCAAAUACUUUGAAAUCAUCAGUGAUUUGAGGAACAAGAUCCUUUCAGCCACCAUUGAUAACUCAAGAGUUGUUCUGCAAAUUGACAAUGCCAAACUUGCUGCUGAUGACUUCCGCCUGAAGUUUGAGAAUGAGCUGGCUCUUCGCCAGAGUGUGGAGACUGAUAUCAAUGGCUUGCGUAGAGUCCUGGAUGAGCUGACCCUUGCUAGAGGUGACCUUGAGAUGCAGAUUGAGAGCUUGACUGAAGAGCUGGCCUACCUCAAGAAGAACCAUGAGGAGGAGAUGAGUAUUGCUAAGAGCAGCUCUGCUGGACAAGUGAAUGUAGAAAUGGAUGCUGCUCCAGGCAUAGAUCUGAACAAGAUUCUCAGUGACAUGAGAGCGGACUAUGAAACACUGGCUGAAAAGAACAGAAGAGAUGCAGAGCUGUGGUUUAACCAGAAGAGCGGUGAGCUGAAGAAAGAGAUUCAAACAGGUGUGGAACAAGUGCAGACAAGCAAGAGUGAAAUAAAUGACCUCAGACGCAGCCUUCAGAGUUUGGAAAUUGAAUUGCAAUCUCAACUGGCAAUGAAAAAAUCUCUGGAAGACACCCUGGCAGAAACAGAUGGCCGAUAUGGUGCACAGCUUCAAACAAUUCAGUUCAGUAUCAGAAGCCUGGAGGAACAACUUCUGCAGAUCAGGUCUGACAUGGAACGUCAGAACAUGGAGUACAGGCAGCUCCUUGACAUUAAGACCAGACUAGAAAUGGAGAUUGAAACAUACAGGCGCCUGUUGGAGGGAGAAUUUGGUUCAUUAAAGUCUUCAAUAGUACAAGCUACUGAAGUUUCCACAUCACAAUCAUCUUCCAGCUCCAAAAAAGAUCCAUCAAAAACCAGAAAAGUAAAGACUAUCGUGGAAGAAGUGGUAGAUGGAAAGGUUGUUUCAUCAAGAGUCGAGGAAAUUGAAGAGAGCGUUAAAUAAAAAGUUAGCUCUGAAAUUCUCAUGCACAAAAUGGAAAAAUGUGUUGAUUUCAAGAUGCAAUAAAGCCUUUCAAGCUAA